AUGAAGGUCUCAAUCACCGCCGGCCUCGGUCUCUUCGCUGCCACCGUGCUUGCCCAUGGCGACCAUGGCCCAGAGGUUCCCGCCGACGCCGACUGGGCCACCCGCCACAUGGCUGAGGAGCACCACAUUGGUUCCUUCGACGCCGGUACUUUUUUCGCCUUGCACGACUACGACAGCACUGGCAACUGGUCACCCGACGAUGUCCGCAAGACCUAUGGCCUACUCGACGAGAGCGCCGCCUCCAUUCCGCAAUCGAAAAAGGACGAGGUCGUGAAGAUCGUGUUCCAGCUGUUCGACAAGGACGACAACGGCGAAAUCAGUAAGGAGGAAUUCAUUGAGUCGACCAACAAUGGCGUGAAGCUGCCCGAUUUUGGCACCGGCCCGGGCCACCACGGCGAUGACGAAUAUGAAUAUGAGAUCCACCACUUCGAAAAGUACCACGGCGGAGAUGAUGUCAAAGAAGAGGAUCUCAUCCACCCAGAAGACAUUGAGCAUUUCGCGAAACAUGACCGCUUGGAUGCGGAACAAGACAGACUGGAGGCACAAGAGAAGCUCACCAUUGUCGAGGCAAAUAUUCCCAACAAAUUUCGUCGGAACAAUUAG